AUGCAAGACUCCAGACAUUCCAAAUACCUUGGUCUCCCAUCUUUUAUUGGAAGAUCCAAGAAGCAGGUUUUUGCUACUUUGAAGGAGAGGGUGGGGCAGAAACUUGCUUGCUGGAAGGGUAAACUACUCUCUAUGGGUGGUAAGGAAAUUCUCAUUAAGGCAAUUGUUCAAGCAAUCCCAACGUAUACCAUGAGUUGCUUCCAACUUCCUCAAAGCUUAUGUGAAGAUUUAGAAGGUAUGAUGAGGAAUUUCUGGUGGGGCCAGAAGCAGCAAGAAUUCAAAAUGUGCUGGAUCAGUUGGAAAAGGAUGUGCAAUUCGAAAGCUAGCGGGGGAAUGGGAUUUAGAAACUUGCAAGCUUUUAACCUUGCUAUGUUAGCUAAGCAAGCAUGGCGUAUCCUCACAAAUCCAAGUUCCCUUGUUGCCCGUGUUCUUAAGGCCAAAUAUUUUCCCAUUGGUGAUGUUCUUAGUGCCAAGCUUGGCAACUCCCCAUCUUACUCUUGGAGAAGCAUUUACAACAAUCUCAAAGACUUAAAGGAAGGAACUCGAUGGAGGGUAGGCAAUGGAAAAAGGAUCCAUAUAUGGGAUGAUAGAUGGAUGCCAAAUCCAUCCACUUAUAAAGUCAUCAGCCCACAAACAGCAAUCCAGAAUUCCCAAUGGUUUCCUCGCUCAUAG